CAGUCCAUGAAGCUCUCUACACACUGUUCAUGAACUAAUCUAAAGGCUACAUGAAGUCUGGAGGUCUGUCGUGAUCGACUGCACACUAAGUGCCUAAGCAUCUGUUGACCUCACUCUCCUCGUGGAGUUGCUGUUGUUUCCAGUCGCUUCCUCUUUUUAUAAUACCACUAACAGUGACUGUGGAAUAUUCAGUAUGGAGGAAAUUUCAUGAGUGGACUUGUUGCACAGGAGGUAUCAUGUCACGGUACCAUGCUGGAAGCUCCUGAGAGCGACCCAUUCUUUCACAAAUGUGUGUAGAAACAGUCUGCAUGCAUAGUUACUUGAUUUUAUACACGUGUGGCUGUGGCAGUGAUUGAAACACCUGAAUUCAAUGAUUUGGAUGGGUGAGUGAAUACUUUUGGCGGUAUAGUGUAUAUGGAUUUAUAAAAGGUAAAAAUAAAUAGCAAUACAAUGACAAAAUAUUAAAAUAACAAGAUUAAACCUGACUAAUCUUUAAGUGGAGGCCACUAUAAGAAGUCUCAGUUUAACAUGAAACAUCAGCAUUACAUAAAUAACAGGCUCUCUGUUGAUUGGUCAGUCAGUCUGGGUCAUAUGACUGGCUGGCAUAUGACCCAGUUUAAGUGAUUUAGCAUCUUUUCACACCUUCUUGUAUCACCUAGUCGAAUCCCAUGCAUUUCUAUUUCGCCUGCACCCAAACACCCGAGUCUUUUGCACCUCCUGCCUUUUAAGGACACUGUGAAUUACAAUACAAUACAAGUUUAUUUGUUUAUUUAUACAGCAAUAAAAGGGAAUAUAAGAACAGAUAUAGCUAAAAGAUGAAGUACAUAAAUAAGAAAUUGAACCAAAUAUAAAAUAGGGACACUAACUACAGUAGAUGGAAAAGCUAUGUUGAAUAAAUGAGUUUUUAAACAGGAUUUAAAAGAUAAAACGGAGUCUGACGCACGCAACAAAACAUCAACUAUUCUCUUGUUGAUGUUUUGUUGCACUUCAGAACUAAAGCAUUAAAUAUAAACCUCAAGCUGAAGUAUAUUUAAUCCCCUGCUGAAUUUCUAUGUUUGCUCACUUAGAAAAAAAGUCUCUAAUUUUUACGGUAGUUUGAUCUUAAUGGAGCGAAACAGAAUGUCAGCACAAAUCCAGAAAAAAUACAUAAAUGUAUACAUUUAUUUGCAUCAUUACAGGUGGGUUUAGAUGUCUGCAAAUAUUUGUUCCUGCACAGUUUGUUAUUGCAAAAUUUGGAUUCUAAUAUGAUUUGUAUAGCACUGCUCCAUGGUGUAUGGGAUUUUUUAAAUGUGCAUUUUAAAUAAAAAAACAAAACAAAAAACGUCAUACUAUCACUUAGAUAUUUAUCUGAAGUUAUCUGGGAGUUUUAAAUCUUGCUUUUAACUUGAUGUUAGACAACGUUUUUAUGAUGUGUCACUGUGGUAACAUAUGGUAGUUGUCUAGUAGUAAGCGGUCCCUUUUAUGGGAGGGGUGGUAAGAGGAAGGACAAUGCAGCGCUGUGGAUCCGAUAUCUGUGUUUCCACAGCAACAGAUAUUAAAUUACGACGGGUGGUGGACUUUAAACAGAGGUGGAGGGACAGGUGACGCAGGCUUCAGUAAACUGUCUUCUUCCUGAACAGAAACGCAGCAGUCUCAGACAUGGCUAAAUUCCUCUCACAAGCUCAGAUCAAUGAGUACAAAGAGUGCUUCUCAUUGUAUGACAAGAAUCAAAACGGCAAGAUAAAUAACAAUGACCUGAUCACAGUUAUGCGCUGCCUGGGUACAAGCCCCACACCUGGUGAAAUCAGGAGACAUCUACAAGUCCACAAAAUUGAAAAGUCUGCUGAGGUGGAGUUCUCUACGUUCCUGUCAAUAAUGCACAGACAGAUGCAACAGGAGGAUCCCAAAGUGGAAAUCCUGGAGGCCUUGAAGAUGACGGACAAGCAGAAGAAGGGAUACAUCGAGGCAUCUGAGCUGCGGGCCAAGCUCACCAUGUUAGGAGAGAAACUCACAAACAAAGAAGUGGACGACCUCUUCAGAGAGGCACACAUCAAGUCAAAUGGGAUCGUCAAAUACGAAGAGUUCACAGCGAUGCUGACGCUGCCACCUGUUGAUUACUGAUUUUUUUAAAAAGAAAACAACUACGUCAAACUUCAGGACAACAAGCUACAUUGGAAAACUGACUCUGAAUAUCAAGAAGGUGACAUCAUCGUCACAUUUUGCACAUGUAGUUCGGUUGUAUUAAAUUUGCCUGUUGGUACAGCAAAGGUUUUUCACAAUGAUUAUUUCUUGAAUAUUUUAUGAUUAACACACAAUACUUUAAUUUCUUUCCAUAACUCUCCUUUGUAACUGAACACUACACAGUACGUGUUAGCAUGUGACCCUGGUGUAAAGCCAUUAAAUGCUCAGCGCCAUAGCUGACCACGCUUCACCCAAUUAAAUCCUAGCCCUUGGGUGUUAAUAUUGACUAGUGAGUAUGUACCAAUCUCAUCUUUUAUGAGAGUUUCAAGUGUUCACAUGUCGUUGUUCAACAAGCUUGUAUGUAAAAGUUGUGGAAUUUGAAAGAAAAUAAAUUGUAAUUCCUGCUGGUAUUUA